AAUUUCACAAAAAACCCGACCCAUUGCACCCGAACAUUAUUAUAUCCCAAAAGAGAGAGCGGGCAAAUUAAACCUCUGAAAAUUAGGGUUUCAGCUCUGCUUCAUUCCUCUCUUUAAAAUCACAGUGAACUACCAAAAGUUAAAAAAGGGGCGCUUUUAGGUGAAAAUGGCUUCAACGGCACAGCCCACGUCGUCUUUAAAGAGGAGAGAUUCAAUGCCAACAAGAGAGAGUGAUCAGCUGAUUAUAACUCCUCUAGGUGCUGGCAGUGAAGUCGGUCGUUCUUGUGUUUACAUGACUUUUAAGGGCAAAACUGUUCUGUUUGAUUGUGGGAUUCAUCCGGCUUACUCGGGAAUGGCGGCAUUGCCUUACUUUGAUGAGAUUGAUCCUUCCACUAUUGAUGUUCUUCUUAUCACUCAUUUUCACUUAGAUCAUGCUGCAUCUCUUCCUUACUUUCUAGAGAAGACCACUUUUAAAGGGCGGGUUUUCAUGACUCAUGCAACAAAGGCUAUCUACAAGCUGCUUUUGUCAGAUUAUGUGAAAGUGAGCAAGGUUUCUGUUGAGGACAUGUUAUUUGAUGAACAAGACAUUCUUCGUUCAAUGGAUAAAAUUGAGGUUAUUGACUUCCAUCAGACAUUAGAAGUAAAUGGCAUUCGCUUCUGGUGUUAUACUGCUGGCCAUGUCCUCGGUGCUGCUAUGUUCAUGGUUGACAUUGCUGGUGUCAGAGUUCUCUAUACUGGAGACUUUUCACGAGAAGAAGAUAGGCAUCUUCGUGCUGCUGAGCUCCCACAAUUUUCCCCUGAUAUCUGUAUUAUUGAAUCCACAUACGGUGUUCAACUCCAGCAGUCAAGAAGCGUACGUGAGAAGCGGUUCACUGAUGUGAUUCACUCUACUGUUGCACAAGGUGGCCGAGUAUUGAUUCCAGCUUUUGCUCUUGGCCGUGCCCAAGAACUACUUCUGAUACUUGAUGAAUAUUGGGCAAACCAUCCUGAGCUCCAUAACAUUCCCAUUUAUUAUGCUUCUCCGCUGGCAAAAAGGUGCAUGGCUGUUUAUCAGACUUACAUCAAUUCCAUGAAUGAAAGAAUCCGUAACCAAUUUGCCACUUCAAACCCUUUUGAUUUCAAACACAUAUCACCACUGAAAAGCAUCGAUAACUUUGAUGAUGUAGGCCCAUCAGUUGUGAUGGCAAGUCCGGGUGGACUUCAGAGCGGACUGUCAAGACAACUAUUUGACAAGUGGUGUGGUGACAAGAAAAAUUCUUGUCUUAUUCCUGGUUAUGUGGUGGAAGGGACACUAGCAAAAACUAUCAUUAAUGAACCCAAGGAAGUCCAGCUCAUGAAUGGUCUAAAUGCUCCUCUGAACAUGCAAGUUCAUUACAUAUCCUUCUCGGCUCACGCAGAUUAUGCCCAAACAAGUACAUUCUUGAAAGAGCUCAUGCCUCCAAACAUAAUUCUCGUUCAUGGAGAAGCUAAUGAGAUGGGGAGGCUCAAGCAAAAGCUUAUAUCUUUAUUUGCUGACCGCAACACCAAAAUCAUCUCCCCUAAGAACUGCCAGUCUGUCGAAAUGUAUUUUAACUCAGAGAAAAUGGCAAAAACUAUAGGGAAGUUGGCUGAAAAGACCCCAGAAGUUGGAGAAGCUGUUAAUGGCUUAUUGGUAAAGAAAGGAUUUUCUUACCAAAUCAUGGCCAGUGAGGAUUUGCACGUUUUCUCCCAGCUGUCUACAGCUAAUGUCAUGCAAAGAAUUAGCAUUCCUUACACAGGUGCUUUUGGUGUGAUUAAGCAUCGGCUAAAACAGAUAUAUGAGAGUGUUGAAUCUUCGACAGAUGAUGAAUCUGGGGUUCCAACUUUGCGUGUGCAUGAUAGAGUGACAGUGAAGCAAGAGUCAGAGAAACACGUCUCACUUCACUGGACUGCAGACCCUAUAAGUGACAUGGUAUCAGAUUCAGUUGUGGCUCUGGUACUAAACGCCAGCAGAGAGAUGCCUAAGGUGGUGGUUGAGUCUGAACCCAUAAAAGAUGACGUGGAGGAUGAGAAGAAAGCUGAGAAAAUUAUCAAUGCCAUCCUUGUUUCUCUUUUCGGUGAUGUUAAGUUGGGAGAGAAUGGGAAACUGGUCAUCACAGUAGAUGGGAACGUGGCGAAUCUUGAUAAACAGAGUGGUGAAGUUGAAAGUGAAAACGCAGGUCUAAAGGAACGUGUAAGGAUUGCAUAUCAACGGAUUCAGACUGCUGUGAAACCAAUUCCCCUCUCUGCAUCUUAAGCUUCUGAUCACUAGUGUCUUUGUUUUGACAUGAUGUUUUCCCUUUCUGACUAUAGAUGCCUGUACCUGUAUUCCGUUCAGAUAUAUGAUUACAUUCAUUGCAAUUUUGUACUCCCUCAGUGUGACAUUUUAAGCUCCUA